CUUGCAAACAGGAAGUAAUGCUAAUGUACAUUUCUGGCAAUGUCAAAGUUUAUGUAGUUAAACUUUAUAACUAUUUAUGGUAAUUGAAUGUCCUUGAUAAUUGUAGUAAAAUAAUGUAUUAAAUUAGCAGCAGUAAUUUCAUGUUUCUGAUAGCAUCAGGAUACAAAAAGAAGUGAUAAUAAAAAUAAGAACCGAGAAAACGUUAACAUUAUUAUAUGAGCCAGAAUAUUUUCAUCAUUCCUUGGAUGUUUGAAAGAUAUUAAAUGCUAAAAAAGCAGCAGUGUGUUAUUGUUUGAAGCAUAAAACAUGAAAAGAAACAGUAAAUUAGUUAUAUUAGAUUGUUUCCCCCUUGGUUUUUCACAGUCAUGUUCAGUGUGUUCCCAGUCACUGCAUCUACAACCAGAAAAACAGUAAAAAUUAUAUUUGUUGGGUAAUGUACAUUACAAUUUACACAAUAACUCUUUCUUCAAAUACGGUGUGUCUUAUGUACAGGUUUCUCUGUUUCACACAUAAUGGUGUUGAAUCUCUGUAUUUCUGCAUCUGGAUCUACACUUCUGCUCUGCUGGCUAAUCUACUGUAGAUCACCUGAUAAAGGUUUCACUACAAAACAUUCUUGUAACAUGUUUGUUCCAUUGGGAGGUUCAGUAGUUCUUCCUUGUCAUGUUGACAAAUGUUUAUUAAACCAAAAUUUGAUGGUGGAAUGGAGAAGAGUGGACAAAGUGACUCUGGUUCAUCUGUAUCAAGAUGGUGAGAGUCAAGCAGAGUCCCAGCAGCAGGAUUAUCAUGAUAGAGCUCAUUUCUUUACUGAUAAGAUUCAACAUGGAAACUUCUCCCUCCGUCUGGACAAUCUGAGAGCUGAAGAUGCUGGACAGUACACGUGUACAGUUUACAGUGACCAGGACUGUGUGUAUUCAGCUGAGACAAAUUUGGUUUUGAGGUGUAGCGUUGGUGAAUUUGAUCCCCUUGUUCAUCUGUGAUCUUCAGUGGUUCUGCCUUGUUAUGGUGAUAAAUGCUUGUUAAAAAAAGGUCUGAAAGUGGAAUGGAGAAGAACAGACUCAGAGA